AUGGUAUAUCCAGAACGCAGCCAAAAGAACGCUGAUAACCGUAAGAAACAGAAGACAAAACAUAUAAUCGGAUCAAAAUCUUACUCGCAAGUUAGUUUUGAGAAGAGAAACUUAGAAACUGGAGAAGAGCCAGAUUGUAUUGCUCUAUGGGAACUCACCCACACAAACAAUGGAACAUGGUCUAACACAGAUUCCCAGAAAGUUUACGACCAAGCAGUUGAAGAGGUUAAAAACAAAGAAGCUGAAACUGAAGGUCCACUUACAAGUGAGCAAAAAAACAAUGUUUUCCAGACCGCUUACAAAGACACUCUGGAAUGCAAGUCAUCGCAGCCUCGUGGGUACGGAGACAUGGCCAAAACUUCAACUGGUUCUGAAAAGUUCCGUAUCCAGAUUGAAGAGCAAGCUCGUGCUACAGCAGCCACCCAGGAGCGAAACUCUCAGCUCAGCCAGCAGGUCAAUGACUUAGAAGAUCAACUACAAGUUCAACGUGCUAACACACAAGAGAGGAUUAACUUGGAGCGUGCUGAGAGAGAACAACUUGAGGAGAGGUUAAAAGAAGAGCGUGCUGAAAGGGAAAGAUUGUUGCAAGAGGAGCGAACAUCAAGACUGGAAUUUGAAAAAAACAUGAUGGCAAAGUUUGUAGAAUUGAGCAAACAGGUGGAAACCCAACAGGUUCCUACGAAGAGGGUUGACAAAGAAAAUAGUAAUCCAAACUUGCAAAAUAUUCUUUCACAGACAUCUAGUCCUAAUAAGACUCCAGGUUCAAGGCCGACUGCUAUUUCUUCAAAUGCGCUCAUACAAGCUGCAGCAAGGCAAUCUCGAAUGUAUAAAGCAAUGCUAAGUCACAACCUUGCUUUCUCUUCAUGUUCACCUGCAUUUUAUACGUCAUUGGUCUUCAUAAUUAGCUAGCUGCUUCUUCUCUUUUACCAUGUGUUGUUGCUGCAUCGAGUCACAACUUAAACAAAAUACAAAUAUGUGCUAGCUAGGGACAUGAACUUAACUGAAACUAUACAUCUAGUCAUAACUUAAAUCAAUAGCAGCAGCUUUUAGUA